AUGGUCUACUCACUUAGCUAUCGACGCCCGAGUCGAGUUUCUGACGGGUCUUCGCUCACAUCCUCAAACGAAAAGAGAUUGUCUGGUGACGGCUCAUAUCACUCAGGAACUUCUGGUUCAAUAAAAGGCAUUCCGGAAGCAUUGUCUUUUGAUCGAAUCAUAGCUGGUGGCACCUGCCCUCCAUGCACCACGCGUGACUUCAUGAACUAUCUGAAGUAUGUCGAACACAGUGCGGAAAAUCUACAAUUCUACCUCUGGUACAGAGAUUAUGUCAAGCGCUUCGAUAAGUUGCCAAGUUCUGAAAAGGCAUUGUCGCCAGAAUGGAGUGCCUCCAAGAUGGACGCCGAAAUCACUCAACCAGCUCGUCGAAAGAAGAUACCUGCAGCGAUAGCUACAGUACUUGAAGGGACCGACUUCGCCGAUACAGUACCUCUUGCUGCAGAGAAACGGGAUCCCUUCAAUGAACCUCGUAGCGAGUCGCCUGAGACAAUGAGGGCUCCUGCAUCGCCUACAUUCUCUGAGUUUGACUCUUCUAUGAGUAUGGAGAGACCUGUGUCCAGCAAAUCAGAUUUCGAUCGUAAGGCUGAGGAAGCACUGACAGAUGCUGGUAUGCAGUGGAAGCCUUUUACUGCACAACCAUUCCGUGAAGAAAUGACACGCAUCAUCACACUGUUUAUUGCCGUCGAUGGCUCCAGUCAGCUCAAUCUCUCCGAUCGUGAACGAAGCGCUGUCCUCCACGCCCUCCAAAACACUACACAUCCCUCUGCUCUGCGUGCUGCAUACAUGAGUGCAGAAUACUCACUCCGGCGUCAAGCUCAUCCAAACUUCAUCCGUUGGACCAUCUGCAAUGGCAAUCGUCCUCGAGUUAUCUUUGCCCGAGGCUUGGGCAUUUCACUAAUCCUUCUCGGUGUCCUUGCAGACUUGCUGAUAACACUCAGUUCUGCUGGUCGUGCAUGGCGUGUCCUACCCAUCAUCGGCUUCAUGCUAGGUGUCUCGACCCUCAUCGCCGCAUGGAAGGGCAUGUGUGUAGUCCUACACGGAAUGCACCACCGCCAUCUACGCCCUUGGGAACUCUUCGCCGACCCUGAAGACCCAUCCCUCAAAGCCAGCUCUGAGUCUUCUCUUUUCAGUACAUCUGGGUCUGGCAGCUAUGAAGAUGAGCCCUGGGUCGCCAAGUACGAGAAACGCAAUCUCAUUCGCAAGAUCUUUGAUCGUGAAGUUUGGAUCCAAGAGCCGGCAUUGCGACAGAUCCAGGAUACCAUCUUCAUUCAGAGUCUGUUGGGUGCGUUUUUGGUUUCUUGUGUUGUGGUUGGUAUCUUUUGUGCCGUGCCGCAUGGUGGUUUCUUCUAG